AUGACCGAUUCCGACUCCUACGACCUCGUCAGCUUUGCCUUCAACGGCCCAUUCAAACACAGCGAACGAUCACCGAUAUUCAUAGACGCCAAAAACCCUUCUCGCGCGCUCAGUGCAGGGCCGUUUAAGCGACUCGUCUGCGCGCUGAUUGCCGGGUUCAAGGCUCAUCAUGUUCAGAUCCUUCAUUCCGCCGUCUAUCUUGCAAUUGUCGGUGCUGGGGGCGUCUACAUGGGCUGUAGCCCUACGUCUUCACGCCACGAGCUCGAGCAUUUUGUGAAGCUGUCUGAUCCUCGAAUCAUUUUGACGGCAGAGAGCACCCUCUCCAUGGUUCGAGACGUGUGCGAAUCUUCCUCUCUGCCGCGUCAAAUCUGCCUUGUCACCGAGACUGCCAUCGAGGAGCUCAUCACUUUCGCAAAUGAAGAUAUUGACCACGCUCUGCCUUGGGCAAACAAAGAAAGCAUAUCAACCGAGUCGAUGUCAGAAUACCACCUCACUGCACUAGCAACCCACGGAUCAACCCCCUGGCUUCGUAUCCCCACAGUCGAACUGGCCAGAUCGACCCCAGCAGCAAUGUUCACCACCAGCGGUACAAGCGGGCUCCCCAAAGCAGCGAUUCGGACGCACCAUACCAUCAUUUCGCACCACUUGACCGUCCAUUACACACCUCGUUACAUGUCCGACGAAGGUCUAGACGCAAAUGCAAGCUCAGUUCGCCGCCUGCUUGCCCUCCCUGCCUACCAUUCCUUCGGUGACUUUUGGAACAACCUCUUCCCCUUGCGCUACGGUGAGCCGCUGUACAUUCUACCGCGAUUCGACCUCGCCGAGUUCAUUGCGGCCGUAGAGCAGUUCCACAUAAACGAGACCUAUCUCGUCCCGGUGGCGGUGCAGAUGAUUGCUCAGGCGGGCAAGUCUAAUCGGCGAAUCCGGGAGAGCCUCGCAUCAUUACGGUAUAUUGGAGUGUCGGGUGCGCCAGUGGACGCGGCCUCCUUGCAACGAUGCGAGGAAGUCUUGCAUCCAGAUGCGUGUGUGAGUCAACUGUGGGGAAUGACGGAGGUGGGAGUGGUUUUUCAGAAUCGGUAUGGGGAUCGGGCCUAUCCGGGAAGUCUGGGGACUCUGCUGGAGGGCUAUGAGGUGAAGCUUGUUGAUCCGACCGGGGAUGAUGUGGUUGGGCAGCGGAAUGAAACAGGAGAUGCAGAGCAGCCAGCGGCAGGAGAACUCUACAUUCGCGGACCAGGGGUCUUGUCCGGAUACAAAGGGCGGAGUGACGCAGUUGUGAACGAGGAGGGGUGGUUUCCCACAGGCGAUAUGGUCUACGAGAAAGAUGGGCACUGGUUUAUUGUGGGUCGGACAAAAGAGCUGAUCAAGGUGAGAGGGUACUCGGUAGCGCCGGCGGAGAUUGAGGCGCUACUGCUGGAGAAAGAGGCGAGGAUAGCAGAUGUGGCAGUUCUAGGAGUGAAGACAGGGGAUGGUGAUGGAGAGGAAGCGCCCAGGGCGUACGUGGUUCGGUUGAAAGGGGAAGGCAGUAAGGGGGCGAUGCAAGGGGGAGUAACCGAGGAGCAGAUCUGCGCCAUUGUGCAGCAACACCUGGCCAGUUAUAAAGCUUUAGAAGGGGGCGUAGUCUUUGUCGAUAGCAUUCCGCGAACAGAUAUUGGGAAGCCUGCUCGGUCGAAGCUGGCUAGAUUGGAUCGGCAGCGCGAGGAGUUGGCAGCCUUGCUCCGGGCGAACUAG